AUGGUUGUUCAGGAUUUGGUGAGACAGUAUGGAAGGAAGGGUGUGAAGCCUAGUUGUCUCAUGAAGAUAGAUUUACAAAAAGCUUAUGAUACUGUGGAUUGGCAAUUUCUUCAGGAAAUGUUAGAGCAGUUAGAGUUUCCACAGCAUUUUGUAAACUUGGUGAUGCAAUGUGUUUCCACUCCCAUGUUCUCUCUGAUGUUCAAUGGUUCCAUGCAUGGGUUUUUUAAAUCCAAGAGGGGUUUGAGGCAGGAUGAUCCCAUUUCACCACUCUUAUUUGUCAUAUGCAUGGAGUAUCUGUCAAGACUCUUACAUAAGAUGAGUGAUAUGCCUUUGUUUGAUUUCCAUCCAAGGUGUAGAGAGAUCAAGCUCACCCAUCUGUGCUUUGCUGAUGAUUUGAUCUUAUGUUGUAAGGGUGAGUAUCCUUCUAUUCUUUUGCUGCUCAAGACUUUUAAACUUUUCUCUGUUUCUUCUGGCCUCAAAGCUAAUCAACAGAAGUCAUCUAUUUACUGUCAUGGCAUGUCAGAUACUGAAGUUCAGAGGGUGGUAGAUGUUUCUGGUUUUACCAGAAGCAAUCUUCCUUUCAAAUAUUUGGGGGUCCCAAUUUGCUCUAAAAAGAUCUCUGUAGCUCAAUGUAGUCAUUUGGCUCAAAUUUAUGUGUUGCCAAAGAGUGUGUUGCAUGACAUUGGGAGGAUCUGUAGGGCCUUUUUGUGGAGUGGACAAGCAUACAGUCAGAAACCUAGAAAUGUUGCUUGGGAUAAUACUUGUUGUGGCAAGCAAUUUGGUGGUUUGGGUUUUAGGGAUAUAAUUCUGUGGAACACAGCAGCAAUGGGCAAAUAUGUUUGGGCUCUGACUAUUAAGCAGGAUAAUGUGUGGAUCAAGUGGAUCUCUUCAGUGUAUCUCAAAGAUGGGGAUUGGUGGGAGUAUAAACCUCCAGUUGCUGCAAGUUGGUAUUGGAAGCAAAUCUGUAAAACAAAAGAACACCUGAAGCAGUUCUUCACUCAGUCUAACUUCAGAGGUAUGACAACUUAUUCUGUGAAGCAGGUUUAUGAAACCAUAAUUGGCAAUAAACCUAGAGUACAUUGGGACAAAGUAGUUUGGAAUAGAUUGAAUAACCCCAAACAUAGAUUUAUUGGCUGGCUAGCUAUGCAGCCAGAAUUGGAAGCUGUUAAAUCCUGGUUGGGUAUGUCCACUAAUAGUAACAACCUCACCAGGAAUACUAGUUUCUGGGAUAACUAUGUUCCUACUGUGAAUCAUACUGUGAACAAGGUAAAGCAAGUGGUGAGAGGUAGAAUUCAUGCUGUCAUGCCUAAGAGUGUUAGCAAAAGAGACACUUUGUAUAGCUGGUUGUUGCUGACUCCUUGUGAUUAG